UGUUGUUUGAGUUAAGGGAUUUCUGAUCGAGUUAUUAAUGGUUACAUAAAGGACGUUGGGUCGAAUGGUAACAGCCGGAUGGUCGUAUGGGCAGCCUACCGGACCUGACGGAGCGAUCGCGGCCGCAUAGCACCCGGACCGCCGCGCGGACCGUAUCGGACCCGCAUCGUAACCGUACAGUCAUCACACAGGUACCAGUUAGCACGAUAUACAAAAAAGAAUGGCCAUGGAAAAAGUCAAAAGAGCCCCUCAAAGUUCCUGUUGCUGCCAAUCGCCGAAGGGAUUCCGCCGCCUCAUCAGUAGGGGCUGCUUCCGUACGGCGUCUCAUUGCCAGGCAACCGCCCAAAAUACCCAAACUGCUUGUGACACGAUUUACCCUCCUAUGCAUAUCCAGUGGUCUCUGCUCCACAGCACUUUUACCUUUCACGGCAUAUGCUGGCGCCGAAGCCGGAGCUUUGCCUCUCGCCAUUAUGCACACAGUUGCUGCAAUCGUAGCCCCCUUUUCGCCACUGAUCUUACAAAAAACUGGAACAAGGAUUGUCAUAACUUCUGCUCACGUGCUAGUCUGUAUUCUGUUGAUCGCGCAUACAGUAGCCACUCCGUUGCCGAUUCUGCUUCCAUUGUACGCCAUUUGCGGAAUAGCACUGUCACCAAUGUCGCUAGCUCUGGCUGCAUCUGCAACGUCCCUGGCUCAGGCAGCUGGCGAUGAGGGUCGAAGACGAAUUGCACUUAGACGAGCCCUCCGAGCGCUUCGAGCAUCCCAAGAUUUGGGACUUGUAUGCGGAUCGUUGCUACUCGGGGCGGCUCUUUUGAUUUGGCCUGAAAAUCUCUUAUCACUUCUAGAACUAACUACACCGCCAGCAAAUUCAUCGUUGACUAAAUGGCCUUCAUUGGAGGAUUACUUUUUGGAUGACGAUUAUGAGGAGAAAACAUGUGGCUCAGCGGGAUGUCCAGGCGUCCAGUUUCUUUUUGGGUCGUCCCUUAACGCAAACGGGCGUAGGGUUCUAGUUGCGGUAUGGGCUGCACUAGCCUUUGCUGCGGCUUGUCUCGGGCUGUAUGGAGGAGCGUCUGCGCCGGCACCGCCACCGGACGCUCGCUCCGUGGUCAAAGAUCCCCGGACUUUCCUCGGAGCCCCAAUGGGUUUAUUUAUUGGCCUGCAGCAGGGAUUUAUUUAUACUUCUUACAUUAAGUGGUAUGGCAUUUGCGUUGGCGGUUGGAGUGGGGCGUGGCGGGCGUUGUGCGGAGCGGGCGCCUUGCAAACGCUCGCCGCAGCGACGCUUAGCAUGGCGGCUGCUCGCGGGCGCAGGGGAGCGCUCGCUGCGGGAGGCGCGGCUGCGCACGCUUCGCUCCUACUUGCCCUGCUACGCUGGCGAGCAGCAAGAUCCGAUUUAGCUCUGCCUUCUGUAGCGGCGGCAGCGUGGGGAGCGUGUGCUGCCCUAUGGGACGUUUUACAGACAGGAAUAUGCGUGGGCGGCGGCGGCUGGCGUGGACCAUGGUCGGCCACGUUGUCUGCGCGUCAUGCCGGCUUAGCGCUCGCUUGCGCUGCGCGGUCUUUCCUCUGCGUGCAAACACAACUGGCGGUGCUAGCGCUUGCGCUCGCUUCGGCACUUGCUUCGCACGCUGCGCUCGAGCUGCGCUUGCGCCGCGCAGAGCGACAUCGCUCCUAACGACGACAAACCGCGACCUCCCUCGCACAUGCCGAGGAGGUCGCGUCCUAUGUUAUCACUUAAUGUGGAUACAUUAUAAGUUUUUACAGUUAAUUCAUAAUCAAUGUGAACCCGCCUUCAAAUCGUAUCGCAUAAAAAAAUUGAAUAAAAUUAAAACAUAUCUGGUAAGUUAUCGUCGUUUCUACGUAGAAAAUUUAAAAUUUCAUCAAGAACUUCUUUGUCUUAGACAUAAAGCGUAAUAAUUGACUUCGCUACCUAUAACACGACUCAAAUCGAAUUCACUGAUGGUACGGUCUAUGUACGAGUAGAGGAUACGUGUUUAUCUAGGUAAGGGAUAAUACGCCGUGUGCAUAAGAUCUAAUUUUAUUAAUACUUUUUAAAACAUAAGGCGUUGAACCUAAACUCACCUUAUAUAAAGGCACCUUGUUAGAUUUUUGUGUUAAAUACGUGUGGUAACCACCCAG